GGGCUCCCAAACUUGGAAGAGUUACAACUUACAACUUACAACUAACUAAAUUAUGUUUUUUUUUUUUUUUUUUUUUUUUUUUUUCAUCUCAUCUCAAGAGAAUAAAGGAGAAAACUAGUCAAGUAGAUCACCGCUGCGCAAUCUCUCUGAAUAUAGUAAAUAAUUAGUCAACUGAGUUCAAUUAGGUCACCGGAAUCCAUGGCGACGGCGGCAACAACAGGAGGACCCAACCACGUCGCCAGGGAGGCGCGGCGACGUCGUAUAAUCGAGCGGGGAUCCGACCGCCUCGCCCUAAUCUCUGGCCGCAUCCAGUCCCUGCCGCCAGACCCCGACCAAUCCAUUUCUUCCACGUCUUCCCCUGCCCAAAUCCCGGCCACUGAUUCUUCUCCACAUGAAGAUGCAGCCUCUAAUUCAUUGCUACCAAAUGAAGAAUCUGUACAAGAACAAGGGCCGAACCACGCUGUCUCUGAUCUGGCGGUGGAGCCUCCUCAACUCAAUAGUUAUAAUGCUGGGAGCAGUCCAUCUAGAUCACUCGAGCCCUUACAUGAUACCAAUGAAGAAUCAUCUCAAAUCCCAUCAUCCGAUAACAGACCUGCACAAGAUCGCCAACUUGAGCAGACCCAUCAUAGCUUGUUUACACCCGGCCAGAUUAGAUCCGCUGUUGCAGCUUCAGAGAAUACUCGUAUGUUUUGCUCUAUAGCAGCUGCUGUUUUAGUAAUCGCGUCAUAUAUGGGGCUUCCUGUAGGGGGCUUCCGAGGCAUCAUACUUCUCAGACCCUUCUAUCUGCUUUUGUUAACGAACAUGACCAUUGUCCUUGGUCGCCUUAUUCUGGGAGCACGGGGUAUUGAUUCAAGGACGGGGAGGAGGAGGAGUAGCGCGCCUACUGCUGGUGGAAAUGAUUUGGCUGAUCAACUGGGGAGAGCUCUGGAGUUGGGGCUGCUAAUGCAGAAGGUUCUUGGAGCAGUGUCUAUGGACUUUACCAUCUACGCCGUCGUGCUCGUUUGUGGCCUCUCAUUAGUACAAAAACUUGGGUGACUUUUACAUCUAAAUGUUCAGGUUCAUUUCUUUUGUUUCCUCAGUAUUAUAAAUCACAUGAUGUCUUCAAUUUCCUGCACAGAUUUGCUGGUUGAUAUGAACUGUGUCCUUGUUGUAUGUCAUCUUCUUGCUGCCAUCAAACUCUUCUCCCUGUUUGUGCAAAACAUUGUUUUAUUGCAACGAUCCACAAAGAUAGACUAGUCUUCUAAGAGGAAGUAUUUCAAUUUUUUUAAUUUUCCACCUAUUGUUUUGAUGCUUAGGUGGAUAAAAAUGUCCAGGUUAAUCUAUGGUUAAAUGUAGUUUUCACUCACUUUCAAAAUCAAAAGGCAAAAAAUGCUAAUUAUAUAUAAGGAUAAAGUUGCAAUCACUUAAUAUAUUUUGAAGCUUCAUUUGAUUGGUUUA